CUUCCGUUUUUCUAUUGUCGUAAAUUAGACAGUUUGCGGUAAAUGUCGCAAUAUUAUUCACAGUCAUAAAAAAAGUCAUUUCAAUAUAAAAUUUAGGUAAAUACGAAAAAUGUCUGGGAGAUCAUCAGAAGAAGUAUUACUGAUUGUAAACCAUGUCAAAAAUAAGAAAACCGAAGGAAAUUUGUACAUGAUGGGGGAACGAGUUGGAUGGAUGCAAGGUAGCAAAAGUAACUUCACCUACAGCUACCUGUACUCAGAUAUCAAAGCCCAGAAAAUUUCACCAGAUACUAAAGAGAAAGUACAAUUACAGUUAAAUAUGCAUGAUGGAAGUGCUAACACAUUCCACUUCAACAAUCCUCAAGGGCGUGAAGCAGCAGUAAAGGACAGGGAUACAGUCAAAGAACUAUUAUUACAACUCUUGCCAAAAUUUAAACGAAAACUGAACAGUGAGCUGGAAGAGAAAAAUAGAUUACUACAGGAAAACCCAGAAAUAUUUCAGUUAUAUAAGGAUUUAGUGGUCAGUGGUGUUAUGAGUUCUGAUGAAUUCUGGGCUCAAAGAGCUGAGAUGCAGCAAAAGUCAACUUCUACAAAAUCAGAAGGGAAGCAGGUAGUGGGAGUGUCAGCUGCUUUUUUAGCAGACAUUAAACCAGAGACAGAUGGAUGCAAUGGUCUAAAAUACAACCUCACUACAGAUAUCAUAGAAUCUAUUUUUAGAACAUAUCCAAUGGUAAAGAAAAAACAUUUGGAAUAUGUUCCGCAUCAGUUGUCAGAAAGUGAAUUCUGGACACGUUUCUUCCAAUCGCACUAUUUUCACAGAGACAGAACAAAUAUAAGCAAAGCUGAAAUGUUCUCAGAUUGUGCUAAAAAUGAUGAGAAAGAAAUCUCUGAUGAAAUUGAGAAGAAAGUGAGUGAUCCAUUAAUAGAUCUGGUGGCAGGAUCUGAUGUGUCUCAAGGAGAAGGAUAUGGUAGUUCUUCAAAUGAUCAAAAGUCCUCAAGUACAAAUCACGCAAAUUUAACAAUGAUACGAAGAUUUAACCACCAUUCAACGAUGGUUUUAAAAGCUUGUGAUAUAAACAGUGAAUCCAAUAAAACUACUGAAAGCUCAGGAACAAGUAACUCAUUGACUAACGGAAACUCAAACAAUUCUAACGGUGCUCAUUCUUCAAAAGAUUCAAGUGAACCUGUGACUAAAAAAGCCAAAAUGCAGGAAAAAAUUAAUUAUUCUGACCUUAAAGACAGCAGUGAUACUUCUAGUGUUAAUUUGAGAUUGCAUAAGAUGGAGGGUUAUUUACACGGACCUACCCCUGUUAUGGCAACUAAGUAUACUACAAGUGAAGAUGUGAUAGCAGCGACACAGAAUGUUUCUCAGGAAAUGCAUAAUUGGGUUCUGGCCCUAUCUCAGGUUGUAUCUAGUAGUACCGCUGUCAGCGUACUAGGAGAAUUGUCACCAGGAGGCAGUCUAAUGCACGGAACUAGUCAACAACAAUUACAACAUAUGGUGCCAGCAGAAAUGCAAGAAGAAAUAAAAACACAGUAUAAUGCAUUACUUGAAUUAUUGCGGCAUUUCUGGGCCUGUUUUCCUGUACAGAGUAAAUCAUUAGAAGAAAAGGUUGUCAGAAUGAAAAGCACACUUGAGAAAUUUCAGAUGGCUAAGUUGCAUCCUUUGAAAGAGAGUAUACAACAGUACCAUUAUGCAUUAAAUCUCACUGGUCAUAUGGACGAAUUGUUGAGUGCAGCAUUCAGUAAAUUUGACAAUUGGCAGAUGAGGAAAAUGUCAAAGAAGUCUUGAUAUUGAAUAAAAAUUUGUUUCUAA